UAUGGUAACUCAUUCAAAUCCCAGAAUUCUAAAGAUAAAAUUUCUUGAACCACCUUAGCAGAAAAUUAAAUAACCAUUCUAAUUUGGAUAGGAAUCCUAUUAUAUAUAGAACCCCUCUUUGUCCCUUUACAUUCACUCCAAGACUGAAUACCUCUAGUCCUCCAUAGCAAAAAAAUAUUCAGUGGAUUCACAAAGAGUUUCCACCACCAAUGUUUCUCUCCAAAUGGUUGUUUCUUCAAUGUCUCUCCUCUUCAUGAGUGCGUAUCUAUCGUUGUUUAUAGAUCAUCACGGAGAAGAGAUGAGGUUACUUUUCUCUGAGCCUAAAACAUCUAUGGCGACGGUUCUACAAACUAAAUAUGGUGACGGUGAUGAUUUUUCUUAUGGCGAUUAUGUGUUCAGUAGUGAUGAGAGUGAUGACUCGUAUGACGGAAAAAUAUAUGGAGAAAUGACUUCUAGUGAGGAUGAAGGACCUUCAAAUAAUGAUGCUGAAAAAAGUGGUAACAAUAAAGGGCGUGGUGAUGGUGGUGAUAAUAAUAAUAAUAAUAAUAAUAAUAAUAAUAAUAAUAAUAAUAAUAAUAAUAAUAGUGACAAGAAUAAUGAUGACGAUAAGGAUGAUGAUAAAGACGAAGAUGAUGAUGAUGAAGAAAAUGAUGAUGGCAAUGACGAUGAACGAGAUCAGCAACCAGCAAAGAAGAAGAAGAAGCUGGAGAAGGAGAACGAGAAGGGGAAGGAGGAGCAGGGAUCAAUUUAUGCUCCAUUUUGAUGUAAAGGGUUUUCGUUAAAGAAGACUCAUUUUAUAAUAUAAGUUAUUUUGUUUCGAAAGUUAGUUAUGGUGUCAUGUUCUGCUAUGUCAGAUUUGUGAUGGAUGUUUAGUUCUAUAUGAAUAGCCCACCCAGACUUUUUAUGUCUAUGGUGUUAAUUUGCAGUAACAUGAUUUGAAUACAUCAAUUUCCUAGAAU